GUCGAACUUGCCAAGCGAAAAGGAGAUCCAGUCCCCGAAACAUGGGGUGUAGCCAAAGGCGGAAAGGUCUCUACCAACGCAGAAGAGAUUAUCACCGGUGGAGGUCUUCUACCAGUUGGAGGCGGUGAACUUAGCGGCGGUUACAAGGGCUAUGGAUUGGGUUCUGUUGUGGAGAUCUUCUGUGGUAUUCUGAGCGGUUCACAUUGGGGCCCAAAUGUUCGAAAAUGGAUGGCGGCUACAACAGAAGCUGAUCUCGUUUGUUUUGCUAUCUUAGAUGAUCAUAAGGGCCAAGUCUUCUUAGCGAUUGAUCCUGAGGCAUUUGCACCAGGGUUUAGAGACAGGCUCCAGCAGUUGAUAAAUACUCUAAGAGAGCUACCUCAUGUCGAUCCAUCUCUGAAAGUGUUGAUACCUGGUGAUAAGGAGAGAAAGCAUGAGAAGCUUGUGAAGGAUCUUGGCGGAAUUCCCUAUCAUCCGAAUCAGAUAAAGAAUGCUGUGAGUUGA